AUGUUCGUGCGCUUCGUUACCAAUUCGUUUGCUUCCGCCAUGUCGUAUUCACAUGCUGUUUCUGGUGCGUCAGAGAGUGCCUUGCUUCAGCAGGGUAUGAGCCCAACGCUACCCGAUGAGGAUGGGGCUCCGAACUACGGGGCACUGUUCUCGGACCCACUGCGUGUGGAUGAUGAAGCGUCACUUUCGGCACCUACAGUGGCUUUGCCUAAUGGGGUUCCCAAUGUACCAGUAAGUGAAGUUCAUGGUCAGGACCCUGUUGCCCCCAGCAGCACUGUGAAUGAUGGUGUGGAAGUACAGAGUGCGAUGCGUCAGAUUCCUGUCGAUGGAACAGCAUUGCACACGGAGCCGGCCUCACCGGGCAGUCACCAGUGGCUGCGCGAGAAGGAGGACUUCGACCAGGUUCGUGGUUUACCAGGGAUCAUGGAGCUUCUACCGGAGUCCCUGCGAAUCAUCCUCUACCUGGUCCUAUGUCAGGGUCGACCGCGCAUACGGCUCAUGGUCGUCAGUGCUUUGGCGAUGUGGAAUAUAAAGGCGAAGACGCUACAGUUGCAGGAGUUCCUAACCUACCUCGAGGUGAUCGGGCUUUUGCAAGCAUUGGUGAUGUUGUCGCUGAAGGCUCUAACGUACCACGGGGAGAUCGGGCCUUUGCGAAUCUUGGGGAUCGUGGUUCAGGAGUUUCUAACCUACCUCAUGGUGAUCGGGUCUCAGUCGCCGGGUGGUCCGCGUGCCUUUUUCCAGGGUUUGUUCGGUCUGGGUACAACUGGUCGUGAUGAAGGACAGCAGUUUGAUCAAGGAGUCCAGAUGGGUGCAGCGGCGCCGGCUCGGGAUGACAACGUCUUGGCGACCUUAGACUUGUCGGAUACCAGUCUACUUUGGUGGCAGCAGACCGUCAAGGACGCCCUUACUUGGUAUGCUCAGUACUCAGCUGCGCCACCGCUUGCACGAUUACAACUUCGACCGCGACCCACCCAUGAUCUUCGUCCGGAGUGGGCUCGAGUUGAAAGACGGGCCACGGCAAUGAUGCUCAGCGCCGUUCCGAAGGCGAUCCGCGAGGAGAUAAUCGCUCACGGGCAGAUGUCGAGCUUGGAUGUGCUAUGCAAGCUGUACUCGGUGUAUCAACCGGGUAAUCUGCAGGAGAAGUCGUUGGUUCUACGGAUGCUGGAGCAGCCUGAGGAGUGCACUACGGCCCUCCAAGCGGUGGAGGGGCUACGACGAUGGAGCCUGUGGAGACGGAGAGCGGCUUCCUUGGGGAUGGCAGAACCGGACGCGUCGGUUUUGGUCAGAGGACUGGACAAGAUCACAGCUCCCAUCAUCCAGGGGAGCGGUGAGCUUUCGUUUCGAGUGAGCUUGAUCAGGAGCACGCUGCAAGUGGAUGUGAGUCCUUCUUCGUCUACGGUGACUACCUUUCACCAGCACCUCCAGGCUGAGAUGGAGCAACAGGCCAGACUGGGAGUCGCAAAAGGAGUGUCGAGCUCCAGGCGGCGGUCAGGCGAGGACUACAACCUCGCGUACGGAGGCGGCGGGAAGGUGAAGUUCGAUGGCGAGCAGGUGCAGGCCAAGGUGUUUCAAGUUCUACAAGAUGUGAAGAACAUUCCACUGUUCAGGUCAGUGGUGGACACAGUGAGAGCGACUCAUGUUCUACGUGCUCCUUCAGACAAUCAUGAAUGGCUUCAGGCUAAGGACGUGAAGGUGAAGCUGGCUGGAGAUGGUUAUGCGGCCAUGCGCCAAACCUCCGCGGGCACUAUUCUCAAUGAGGACCAGAUGGCCCAGGUGAUUGUGCCCCUCGGCAAGGUGAUCUCCACCCUUGGAUACAAACUACAUUGGACCUCUGAGGAGUGCUACCUAUACGCCGAGGACGGGGAGAUUAUCACCCUUGAAGUGGUUCGAGGAUGCCCUGAGGUGAGCGAGGAGGUUGCCAAGAAGCUGAUAACGCGGCUGGAACAGACCCAGCUUCCAGAACUCAAGGACGCCACUGAGGCGUCGGUCAAGGCGUUGAGCUUUGUGAAGUCCAGCUGGUGGGUUUGUCUCAUGGAGUAUGUUAUGACGGGCAGCAGUGAUGCUGCGAAAACAGCAAUCAAGAAGGCCCCGUUCUUGUUGUACAAGGAUGUGCUGGUGGAGGGCCUUGCUCUUCAAAGGCCAAGGAAGGGCAUCUGGGAGAUGCUCAAGGCCAUCAAUGUGAACAGGCGAACUCGAAAGCGCCUGAUGAAUUCCUCCUCGUGGGUGGUUCGUUGGGACCCUCCGGCAGUGGAUCGUCCCCGGGAUGCCUUGAAGCAUCUGGGCAUGGCCAAGGAGACCAUGUACAUCAACUUGAACACCUUGCUGAUGGAGAAUGAGUUCGAGGAUGUUUGGAAGGUUGUGCUAUGGGGAGCAAUGGAAGGAAAAAUCAGCACCGUUGUCGCUAAGGACAGUUUGGGAACUCCGAUGAACCAUGUGGUAGCCGCCCCUCACCGCAGUAAGGUGCAUUAUUUGCAUGCACUGGCAACGGCAGGUCGAACUGCUCAUGGUCAGGGUGCUGUGAGACUGCUGGUGGAGGACCUCGAUCGAGUUCAGCGAGAUCAGCGCGAUGGUGUGGAAAGCAUGUGGCCAGCAUGGUCUAUGUGCAAGGAUGCCAAGGAGUACAUGGCUGAGAUGGGGAUUGUUGAUAUCUCCAUAUCGGAGUUCACGGGCGAGAACUACGUGAGGGUCGCUCGUCUUGACGGUGACGCAGCUUGGCGACUGCACGUGAUGCGGGGACAUCAGCCUUUUCGUCGGGACUGCUCGGUGUGCGUUCGCAACAGCGCCACAGGCAAGCAGCACCGAACAACGAUGCAUCCAAUGGCCUACACGUUAAGUGUGGACGUGGUGGGGCCGUUGAAGGAGUAUGGCAAGUCACCAGACGGGGAGUUCUUCAAGUACUUCGUCAUUGGCGCUCUAAGGAUACCUAAGGUUGAAGGUGGUGAUGGACAUCCAGAAGUUCACGGGCAUCCUAUUCCUCCAGAUGGUGUUGAUGAAGACGAGGACGAGGAAAUCCUGUCAGAGGAGGAGCGUGACGAGGAGGAGGCCGUUCCCGAGAGUGACUACUGUGACCCUGCGGAGAUUGAGAAGGAGAACGAGCGGUGGAAGGAGCUGAAGGCCAUGUUUAAGGAGCCCAUUGCCACCACCACCUUGUACUUUGCGGUUCCGGUCAACAACAAGAAGGCUGCCACGAUGCUGCCCGCCGUUCAAAAGAUUGUCCUGGAUGUGAAGGCUCUUGGCUACCCGAUUACAAGGCUGCAUAGUGAUCGCGGCGGUGAGUUCAGAGGCCACUUGGUGCGGCGGAGUGGGUCGACAGCACUGGCCUACGGCGUUCAACAUGCGGCAGCUCAACAGCGUUGUGAUCAACUUGGAGUUCUACCUGCACUUCCUGUGGCCUAUGGUACCAAGGUGUAUGUGAAGACCAAGAAGUACAAGACUGGUGCGGUUGAAGAUUUUGGACCGCACUGGACUCGGGGACGGUAUGUGGGACCGUCCACAGAUAUCCGAGGAGGCCAUGUCAUUUUGAAGGACACGGGAACUUUUGUGCAGACGACCCAUGUGAGGAUUACCAGGGAGCCACCCCCUUUGGACACCAUUGCUCCGACUGUGGUUGUGGAGCCUGAAACCAGUCGUCCGGCCCCUGGAGUGGAAGAACCUCCUUUACCACCACCAGAUGUCCCUCCUCCCGAAAGGAGGCUUCGAGUAAAGACUCCCCGAGCCGCGAAGCUCGACGAGCUUUAUGAGCCUUGUGUUGAGCUGUUUGAGGCUACCCAGGGUAUGAAAGGUUCGUUGGAGGAGGAGUGCGAGCUGAAGUAUCUUCGGUUGGAGGAGAUUGAGUACCUGGAAGGUGUCGCGCGUGGCUUGUGUCAGGACAGAGAGUUCUCUAAGAGUGAUGGUCACAAGUUGCUGAGUUUGUUUGCGGGGACCUGCGGCAAUCUGAAGGUUCCACGUGCUCCUGAAGGGCAAGGCUUGGUGCUGGGUGCCUUUGUUCAUGGAGGGUCAUUUGGAGUGACUCGGUAUGGACGAGAUCUACCAUGGGUCAUGAAGUAUUUCAAUAUGUACCUCUAUGAGAGGAUAAAAGCUCGUUGGCCACAUGUACGCCCUACUUGGACCACUUUAGCCCUUCAAUGUGCAGAGACUAUUCCCCGUCAUCGAGAUGUUCACAAUGAGCGAGCUACGUUCAACUACGUUGUGGAGCUGAAGUCUGAGGAUGAGGGAGGGCUGUGGGUUGAGGAUAAGGGCCUCGAGCGCGGUGUUGUUGGAGGUGAGCGACUAGAAGAUUUUCAGUACGAGGCUGAAGAUGGUGCGGUGUUUGAUGGCUGUGUGGUGGAUAUAUCGGAGCAGCCAGCGGCCUUCAACCCCAUGACGCCGCACGCCUACGUGAUGAUUGAUCACCGACGGUGGUUUCUGAGUGCCUACACGCCGCAAAGGUUCUCUCGGUUGAGUCUUGGUGACCAACAAUAUCUACAACAAGCUAGGUUUCCUCUUUGUCAAGAAGAUGAAGAUUACCACGGAGAGCAGGAAAAAGGUCCUGCACUAAGGGCUGCUGACUUACCUUCCGGGACUACGUCGAGUGGAUCUCAUGUUGACCGGGGAGAUGUGGAAGUGGCUACCGUGGGUAAAUGUGAAGGAAGCUUCAGUGAUUGGGCCAUUUACGUCGAGGACUACGUCGAGGAGGAGCUGGAGCCAGGAGAGUGUGAUCAAGUACGGUGUUUGAGGAGGAUUGGUUCUUCUGAUGAUCCUGGUGAUGAGCUUUGGUCCUUGAUUGAGGCAUCAGAGUUGUUGUCUGAGGAGGAGGUGGGCCCAGAGGUUGUUGAGAACUUCGGUGACAGGUUGGAGCAUUGGAGCUCUAUCGGAACUUUGGAAGUUCCACGACUUGCAAAGGUCGAACCCGAGUACACCCCAGGCAUUGAGGAGAUCAUCAAGAAUGCGGUCGAGCAUCAAAGCCCGUUGCGCCACACCUACAACGUGAGCCCCCAUGAGGCCAAGGAGGUGAUCGAAAAAUGGCGGUCCGCGAUAACUAAGGAGGUGGGUGUCGUUGAGAAGGGAUUCAAGAGGAUCCGUGCUGAGGAGGUCGUCGAGUUAAAGAAGGAGUUCACUGUGCAGGAGCUCCCCUCCAAGCUGGUGUAUACCGUGAAACCUCCGAGCACAACACCCACUACAACGGCAGGUCUUGGAGAUGAAACUGCCUACUGUCGUCGAAAGGCCAGGGUGGUGUGCUGUGGCAACUUUGCUGACGAGGAGGGCUCCGACCUCUUCGCUGGAGGCAUCGCCGCCGAGAGCAUGAGAUGCGUGUUAGUGUAUACAGCAGACCAGGGCUGGAUGGUUGGAAUAGUCGAUGUUACAGGAGCCUUUAUGCUCACUCCGCUCCCGCAAUCACAAGGGCAAGUUCGAUAUGUUAUAAGGCCACCCGCUGCUUUAGUAGCCCUCGGUUUGGCAGACCGAAACGAAAGGUGGCUGUUGACGCAUGGAAUGUACGGCUUGCGCCAAUCACCGAGGCUUUGGGCAGAGUACCGCGAUACCGAGCUGAAGGGCAUCACCGUCGAGUAUGACAACAAGGUCUACGGGCUGAAGCAGGGUGUUGCAGAGCCAAACAUGUGGUUGGUUUACGAAGUGGGAGCACCCCUAGAUCGACCUCCGGAGGGCUUGAUCCUGGUGUAUGUUGAUGAUAUUAUGCUAUGCGGACCAAGAGGUUUGGUGUGUGCUGUAGCGGCCAAAGUUUCUCAGUUAUGGAAAACUUCGGAGUUGGAGCUGUUGACUGCGGAGCACGACCUACGGUUCCUUGGGUGCGAAAUAUCAACGGCAUCAGAUGAGAACGUCUUCUACCUCCACCAGCGGCCCUACAUCGACGAGAUACUACGUCGCCACGGGAUAGCGGGGACUACAUUGUCACAAGUGCAAGCACCACGCGACAUGGUGACCUUUGAAGCGUUUGAAGGAGAAACCCCGGGCACCCCCGAGGAGAUCAAAGCCGCGCAGCGGCUAUGCGGCGAGCUUUUAUGGUUGGCCCAGCGAUCAAGGCCGGACAUAUGCUACGUUGUCAGUGCUAUGGGUUCCUUGCUUUCCCGUGCGGCUGUUCGAUGUGUUGCUAUUGGCAUGCGACUCUUAGCCUACUUGCAGCAGACCAAAAAUAUGGCCUUGACGAUGAGGGCAACAUCGGGCGAGCUUAUCGCCUACUCGGACAGCUCCUUCGCCCCGCAGGGCAGCCGGAGCUUUACAGGAGUGGUGUUGAGCUGGAAGGGUUCACCCGUAUCCUGGAGGGCGGCCAAACAGCCGUUCACAUGCCUGAGCACAGCAGAAUGCGAGUUGGUGGCGUCGAUUGAAGCUUUGACUAUGGCAAAGUCUUUGGAGGCGAUUGUCAAUCAGAUAGAGCCACAACCCCGGAUGAUAAUUUUGGGGAUCGAUAACCAGGCUACCAUCGCGAUCGCCCAGCCCUCAACUACGGCUUCUUGGAGGACGAGGCAUUUGCGGGUUAGGGCGGCUUACAUCCACGAGCAGGUGGAGUCGAGUCAGGUUCAGAUCCGUUAUGUUCCUGGGAAGCAGCAGUGGGCGGACCUCCUCACGAAAAGUUUCCCACGGCAACGCUUGGUCGAGUUGACUGCACUAUGGGGUUUUGUGGAUCGUGUUCAUGAAGCUUCGAAAAAGGCAGUGGUGAAGGCUAUGUUGAUGUGUAUGGUGGUCCAGACUACACGUGCUCAGGAGCAACCGGAGCCCCUCGCGAUCAACACCUCCCUCGAGCUCUACGUGAUGAUCUUGGUGAUGGGCAUAGCCGUUGUUGGGCUUUGGGAGUGCAUAUGGCUGUGUGUCGAUAGGUGCUGUACGAGGCCCGAAGAAACCAGGACUGCGCGGAGAAUGAGAAGACUACGAGAGGCUGUUCAGCGGGAGCUCGAGACCCAGAUCCACGAAGCAGCCGCUUCGCCUACCGGAAAUGACCAUGGACCUCCGACUACCCCACCAAGGCCAAGGCGGGCAUCUACUUCUAUGUCAUCAUCGUCAGCCCCUCCUUCGGUGUUGAGUUCUCCUAUGCCUAGGCGACCGUGCCUUGCUAAUGCUGCUACACAGACGGAGAUUGAUCAGGACUAUGUGCCGAUCGUCGAGUACCUCGAUCGUGAUGUACCGGUACCAGUCCCUGUUCGCGAGUGGCAUCCCGGACCACUCUAUGUCACCCCCCACGGCGACACCUUUCAUACCCAUGAGCGAUGCUGGGGAUUGAGGAAUGCAAGAUCGCGACCUCUGCGAUUCUGUCAGUGUUGCCGUGAUAAUGGUGGGCACUCCCUACGUGAACGUCACGGAUGA